CAACCGGCCAGUUGAAGGUCCUUCAGUGGAUGGGUUGUUCAUUACGAUCGUUGCCAAAGAGUUUUAAUCCGACGAAACUUAGUAUGCUGAGCAUGGGUGGGCCCUGCACGACUCCACUAAUCAAGGGAUUGAAGAAUAUGCGAUAUUUGAAAUCUAUCAAAUUGUCGUUCUAUGAUGACGGUCGAACAAGAAUUCCCAACUGUUUCUCAAUAAGAAAAAAAACAAGAAGAAUUCCCGACUUGUCUGGAUUAACAAGCUUAGAGUAUUUGGAGCUGUCUUAUUGUAAUUAUUUAGUUCAAGUUCAUCCUUCGGUUGGCCGUCUCGAUAAGCUCGUCAUUUUGAAACUCAGGAAUUGUGACAAGCUCCGGAUGUUUCAAAAGAGUAUCAACAUGAAAUCUCUGGAAACUCUGGAUCUCUCUUGGUGCCCGCUCAAGUUCUUCCCUGAAAUUGAGGGAGACAUGAAGUCUUUGAGUCACCUGGAUCUAAGUUGGAAUCGUGCCAUCAAAGAGUUACCCUUGUCUCUAUAUAGGUGUCCUAAUCUUACAAAUGUACCAUCGAGCAUUUUCUAUGGAUUGCAACGUCUGGAGGAUCUUGAUCUACGGGAAUGCUAUAAGCUUGUUACAUUUCCAACAGAGUCAGAUUCACUGCCUCCUCCACCGGUCUUUUCAACUAACCUCACUUCCAGAUUACAAGUUCAUCUGGGCGAUUGCGAGUCGCUUCAAGAAAUUUCAGAAUUUCCACGAGAAAUAGAUAGCUUAUAUGUGAGUGGUUGUGAGUCAUUGAAAAGAAUUUCAAAGCUGUCAAAAAUUUUGGAGGGGAAAGAUUCAAAAAUGUUCGGUGAGUUGGACUUGACUAAUUGCUGGAGACUCUGCGACAAUCUGGCUCGUACAUCUGGAGUAAUAUCAGAGGUUGAAGUUGACAAGCGACUAUUUCAUGAGGGAUCUGAAGAAUUGAUGGGAGAGGCCGAGAAAUUGACGGCUUUGUUGACUCUUUUUUUCUCUUGUGCGAAAUCUGAAGAAUUUCGAGUACGCUUCGGUGCAACUGCUCGGAUUCCAUACUGGUUCACCUGCCGUCAGGAUGCGAACUGGGAUGUGAAUGGUGAUGUGAUAAAUAAAGAGCUUGAGUUUUGCAUUAAAAUUCCUCAAAACUCCAAUUGGGACAACAAGGGGUUGGCUCUCUGUAUUCAAUCGGGUACUUCUGGGGUCUUUCCUUCAGUUUACAUCAAUGGAAUAAAGUUCGAUGAGAAAUACAUGGCUGUUCGGUAUCAAGUGUGUGUGCAUUAUAUUCCAUUCGUUACACUAAGAAGGAGGUUGAGUGAGUGUGGGAUGGACGAUGAUAAUCUUCGAGUUAUGUUUCGGUUUGAAAAUAUUCAUACUUCAGGCGACAGGCCUUCUGGGGGAAGCUGCGGAGUCCACCUGAUCAAAGAUUUGGAAGGGGAAGGCCGAUGAUAGUCCAGCUGACUUCCAAAACGCAUUCUGUUGUCCAAGUAUAUGCUGAUUCUGCUGCCACUGAGGAUGACAUUUAUUGACACACCCAAGUUACAAAACACUUACCUCGGAAGAACUACUCCUUUGAAAACAAGAUGCUCGAUCACCAUCAUACAAUGUUAAGGAGUGUUCAAUUUAGAGGAAAUGAUCGAGUGAGUCUUUGGAAUCAAACCUCUAAAGCAUGAUCAAUGGAGUUGAUAAGACCAACACCGAGGGUAUCUAUGUCUGAAUUCCUUGUCUGUUCCAGAGCAGUAAAGACGCACACAUUGAUCAAUAUUUCAGAAAUAAAAGGA